UUUCCCUGAAUGAAACUGGUUUAUUUCUCAUAGUCAAAAUCACAGGAUAGAUCAGUGGUUGAAGUGUGACGAAGCUCACAUUUUAAGACAUUGCUAAGAGAUAUUUUAACCAACUAUUCUCUUACUACGUAAAUCUAUAUAAUCACUGCAGGAGUGUAACAAACAGGUAGCUGAGGCAAGAAUGACAGUUAAGUACCAAACUUCGACGGAGACAACAAUGGACAUAGACGAUGGAAAUCUUGGUUACAAGCACCUUAUCAUGGAUGGCAGCAAGUUUCAAUAUUCUGUAUAUGCACUGAGGAACAGCCCGGUUAGGGUUGCUGCGCUUGCCCUUGGGUUUCUGUGUGUAUUCCUGGUGGCUGGUCUCAUUGGACAGUCUGUCCACUACCGGAAAUUGGGCAAUGAGAAUCAGAACAAGUUAGAAGCUGUUAGAGGGGAGAGAGACAAUCUACAGUCCAACCUGAAGACUGCACAGAAUGACAAAAAGAAUCUUGAGGUCACUCAUGAGCAUUUACAACAAAAUUACAAUUAUAUGUCCAAAUCAAAAUAUCAAAUGAAUAACAAAAACAGCCAACUAUCAGAGGAAGUAACCAAACUUAAACAGAGUGAAAGCACAUUGCAAGCCAGUAACGCUGCUCUGAGCAAAGAACUUGAAGAGCUUAAGGCCACUGAGGAACAGUUGCAGACUGAUAACGAAGCCUUGUCGACUUCUAAAGACUCACUUCAAGCAAAGUAUGAUUCAAUAGCCAAGAGCAAAAAGGACUUACAGGCCAACUUUGACACAGCGACAAAAGAGAGGGACAAUUUGCAGAACCAAUUUAAUAAUGCAACAAGGUCAAAAGAGAAGCUGCAAAACGAUUAUAACAGUCUGACCAAGGAUAUUGAGCACCUAGAGGAAAGAUAUCGUGCCUCUUCCAAUGAGAGAGACAACAUUGCAAGCAGUCACCAAAAUCUGACAUUGGAGAAAGAAAAUCUACAGGCCACGUUCACCACACUUUCCAAAGCCACUGACAAAUUAUUAGCCUCCUACAAUUCCUUAAUUGAAGAGAAGAAAUAUCUCGAAAGCCGCUUGAAAAAUGUGACUGCAGAGAGAGACCUGCAGAGUGUGGAAAUCAGCAACAUAAGUUCUGUGGUUGACCAGCUGCGAGCCACCGUCACAAGACUGAACGCAACUGCGAAAGUCUGUCCAAGUGACUGGAAUAAGUAUGACACAAGUUGCUACUUUGCUUCUAAAACCAAAGAAACAUGGUACGUGAGCAGAUCCUACUGUCAAAGCAGAAAAGCAGAUCUGGUCAUUAUAAACAGCCAUGCUGAAAUGAAAUUUGUCAAUAACUUGUAUUCAAGUAACGGAGAAAUCUGGAUUGGCUUGACUGAUGAGGGAAUUGAAGGUCACUGGCUGUGGGUGGAUGGGACCCCAUUGUCCCUACAAUUUUGGGCUGAUGACCAGCCGAACAGUUACAAUGGCAACCAGGACUGUGGAGAGUUUUGGUACCGUUCUUCAGGAAAUGCCGAGUGGAAUGAUGAAAAAUGUAGUUCAAAAAGAUAUUGGGUUUGUGAGAUGUAGAUUUGUCUUUUGAUUAGUUUUAAAAGUGAUUUUUUUAAUGAUCUCAUUUGCAUGGAAUAAUAGCUUUACCUGUAAAGCAUAUACGCAAAUAAAGAGAGGGCCUUAAAAGGAAAGUACAGAACUAAAGGCUUUUUUCCCCUUAUCUCAACGGCUGCCAUUGAUAGCAACAGACUUCUGAUGCAUUUGUACUGGGAGGCGCUGGCAGUGAAUAUUCAUUGCCACCUAAUCCUAGUUAAAAUGGAUUGGACAUCUACUAUCACCAUCCAUGGCAGCCAAAGAGUGAAACAGUGAAAUAUGGAUGAUAUUGGCACAAAAAAUACGACAUGUUAUGCAAUUAAAUUUUAGAACUGAGUUUUUAUGUUCUUGCUUCAGAGUUCCUAGUUCUUCAUAUUAAUCUUGGAUGUGUACAUAUAUUAUUCUGACUGAUAACAUGUUGUGGAUUCACUUUAAUGCUACACGUAUAAAUGCAUAAACCCCUCUGGAAUCUGUAUGAGCUAAUCAAUUAUGCAAUGGCGUACCGCAAGCAACACGUCACUUUUGCUCUUUAAUAUUCAUGACAUAAGCAAUUGUUGCUAGGCGGGUCAACCUCCCAUUUGUCCCUAAUAGUAAAUGCAUGGAAAAAAGUUGGGCAGACAAGAUGUUUACUGAGCUAAACCUACCAAUUUUUCCGAAAAUGAUGUCCCUGAUGCCAAAUUCCCCCUUACCAAUGUUCGGUUAAAGUGAUGGUUUGAGUGUCGAGGGCUGAAAAAGACGGGAGAAAGAGGUGACCUGAUGUGCUUUUUUAUUGACACUUUUUUUCUUGUGUGCAUUGCCUUACUCCAUUGACAAUGAAUUUUCCUGUUUCAAUUCAGUUCAAUUCAGUUUUAUUUAUAUAGCCCUAUAUCACAACAAUGUUGUCUCAUAGGGCUUUGCAGAGGCAAUGUGAUACACAGUCAGAAAUAGUAGAUGAAUUAAUAAAGUUCAAGUCCUGAGCAUCCCCCAUCCUUACACCCUCCAUGUCGGCAAGGAAAAACUCCAAAAACCCUUGGGAAAAAUGAGAAACCUUCAUUCAACAAUCUAUCCUUUACCACCAUAUGCCCUGUCUUUCUUAUGGUGUAUCACAAAAGAGAGUACACCCCUCGCAUUUCUGCAGAUAUUUAAGUAUAUAUUUUCAUUGGAAAACACUGACAAAAUGACAUUUUGACACAAUGAAAAAUAGUCUGUGUGCAGUUUAUAUACCGUAAAUUCCGGAUUACAAGCCGCUACUUUUUUCCCUCAUUUUGAAUCCUGCGGCGUAUGCAAUGAUGCGGCCAAUUUAUCAAUUUUUCUAACGACCGCCAGGAGCACUCGAGCAUAAAAUGCAAGCAUAAGACACGUGGAAUAUGUGUGUCGAGGAAGACGCUAGUUGGCACUCUUACCCGUAUUUUAAGUUUGUGCUUUGUGCACGAAAAAAAGUAGCAGACCCUCAUCUUUGUGCAUUCGUAGAAUUAGCAUAGCCUGGUACUCCAGACUCACUGCUUUUCCAGCUAUUGAGUCUGGCCACCAUUAAGCGGAUACAAUUUUCAGAGCGGAGCAAGCCACAGCAAACAGACAGCGGAGUGGACCAAUCAGCGACGGGCGGGACGAGGGAAUUGCGCGCGGAAGUAAACAUACGAGGAGAGCGGAGUUUAUUCAACAUGUUUGAAAAACACACGGAGAACAGUCUGGCCGUGCCAGGCAAGAAUUAGCAUACCCGCAUCAUGCUAGAAGAAAUGGAUAUGAUGUGCCGAGUUGAAUUGAAGGCUUGGAUGGCCAGCGGCGUCAGAUCGUUUACAAAAGUGGUCGUAUGCGAAGAGCAACUUUUGCAAAAGUCUGACAGCGUGGAGCAGCAUGAAAAAAAAUCCACCAUCACCAGCGGGUUUCGAAAAGCCGGAAGAGGACGACACGCUAAGGAGUGAGCUUGAGGAGUCAGCUAAGUGCCGUGUUGCUGGCGCUGUUUGGAAAGAAAAGUUAAGGUAUUGUAACGAUGACAAAUAGUAACCCGUUAAGUUAGGUUGCAAUUCUUUAUUUUGGAAACUCGUCGAACAACACACGACUGCUGCCUCUAGCAGCCGACGCACACACACAGACACAUCCGCAACAACAACGACAGCACGUCUCUUGCUCUUCCGCACCUCCCUUACCUGUAAGUCAUGCGCUGUAUCAUAACCCGAUUUGUUAAAAUAUGGUAUUUAAACUUGGAAAACUGUGUAUUUCUUUAUAAAUAUUUCAGUUUAAUAUGUGGGCACACGCGGCUUAUAGGCAGGAGAGGCUUAUGUAUGUACAAAAUUCUUUUUCCCUUAAAAAUGUACUGGGUGAGGCUUGUAAUCCGGGGCGCUCAAUGGUCCGGAAUUUACGGUAAUAGAGUUCAUUUUUUUAAAUAACAAAGUAUUGAGAUGAACUUUUGGUAUUGACCAAAUACUUAUUUUCCACCAUGAUUUGCAAAUAAAAUCUUUAAAAAAUCAAGCAAUGUGAUUUUCUGUUUUUUUCCCCACAUUCUCUCUCUCAUGGUUGAGGUUUACCCAUGUUGACAAUGACAGGCCUCUUUAAUAUUUUCAAGUGGGAGAACUUGCACAAUUCGCGAUUGACUAAACUUAUUUGCCCCAUUGUAUACACAUACACGAAUGUACAUCAAAUU